AUGAGCAAUGCUGAGAUAAUUGGUUCUAAAAAUCUUAUAAUUCUGCUAGAAGAUGAAGUCUUUGCUGAUUUUUUCAACACAUUUCUUUCUCUCCCGGUCUUUGGUCAGACACCAUUUUACACUCUUGAAAAUUCACAGUGGAGCUUGUGGCCAGAAAUACCCCAUGACUUGAUUGCAAAGUACAAAGGAUUAUUGACAUGGUUGGAAAAAUACCGGUUACCUUUCUUCUGUAAAACCGACUUGUGUUUCCAUUACAUUCUCUGUCAGGAGUUCCUCACUUUCGUUAAGUCCCCAGAAGGAGGUGAAGAGCUGGUGGAUUUCUGGAUUCUUGCUGAGAAGAUUCUGAGCAUAAAUGAGAUGGACCUGGAAGUGAGAGACCACUACCUGUCCCUCCUCUUCAUGCUGAAGGCCACCCAUCUGCAGGAAAGCUCGCGGGUGGUGACUCUCUGCAACCUGAACAUCGACGCCCUUCUGAACCUUUCCAUCUGGCAUCCCAACCAGUCAACCACCAGGAGGGAGAUCCUGAGCCACAUGCAAAAAGUGGCUCUAUUCAAACUCCAGAGCUAUUGGCUCCCUAACUUUUACACCCACGCUAAGACGAUCAUGGCCAAGGAGGAAUCGUGCCAGGCUCUGAUGCAAGAAUACGAGACUCGCCUGUACAGUAUCUGCUAUACCCACGUAGGAGGGCUCCCUCUGAGUAUGAGCGUCAAGAAGGGCCACCACCCCCAGAAGCGGUACUCGAGCAGGAAGGCCAAGAGGAAGAUGUGGCAGUUGAUCGACCAUGGCUCUUGGUCUCUGGAAGUGGAUACCAAUCCAGAUACCAACACUUUGCUCCCCCAGGAGCUGUUUCCUCAAGGCAAGUUGGUUAUACAAAUGCCUUCCCUGAAAGAGACCUCUUCAAAGGAGAGAAUCAUCGGUUCCCAGGAAAAGGAUAUUCUCUGUGCCAAGAAGUCCAACGUGAAGAACAAAGCCGAGAGCCACCUCCACAUGGAGGGCCUCUUUGAGACAUCAUUCUUUACCCACCUGAGGACUGUCACCCCCAUCAUCAAUUACUCCCCCCACAUGAUAAUCAAGAAGGCCGUGAAGCAAAACCUCUCCUUGGGGUACACCCACUGGGCCUUGUGUGCUGAUGCCUGUGCAGGGAGUCCCUUCCGGGACUACCUGAAGAAACAAAAUUUGAAAGUGGAGGUCCAACUCCUGGACCUCUUGCAGGACCUGCACCAUUUCCUCAGUGUCCUGAUGAGUAACAGGAAGACUGGGAAAGCCAUCUUUCGGCACAUGCUGGGCAACCGGAUCUGUGAGCUCUACCUGAAUGAGCAGAUUGGUCUACGCCUACCACUAAAAUCCCAAACCAUCAAAGGCCUGAAGGAGCUGCUGCCAUCUGGGGAUGUGAACCCCUGGAUUCCCAGAGCCCAGAAGGAGAUCUGCAAGAUGCUUAGCCGCUGGUAUGCUGAAUUCCUGGAUGAAGAGGACUACUGGUUUCUCAUUUUUACAACUCAGAGCAGGCUCACCAGAACCAGGUGGCAUAAAAGAGAAUCUAUAAGCAGAGAAGCGACUAUUCUUCUUUAUAAGAGAUUUGAGGAAUCUCUGGAGUUAAGCCAGGGUUUGGCUAACAUGGAAGAAAUGGAAUCUAUGGAGUGGCAAAAGAUAGCUACUGAGGACUCGAAGCAAGGCGGGUCUCUCCGGCUAGAAAGGACGACUCCAGUGUUUCUGGCAGACAUAGAGAAAAUGUCCUUUGAGGAACUCUGCUGUAAGUAUCCAAAGGUGGCCAUAGAGAAGAUCAGUGAUGACUACAAAAUAUAUUGUGAAAAAUCACCUCAAAUAGAUUUUACAGUAGAAAUUGUCAGAGAACCAAGGAAGAUUUCUCCCUCACAUAGGAGAAUGUCAUUCUUUAAAAGGACUAAUGUAAGGAAGCCUUUGAUAAGACCCAGAAACUUGACAGAAGUUCUCCUAAAUACACAGCACUUAGAGUUCUUCAGGGAGUUCCUCAGAAAACGGAAGGCUGAAAGCCCAUUGCAAUUCCUGGUAGCCAUGAAGAAGAUCAGCGUUGAGACAAAUGAAAAGAUUUACAAGUCUCUCUUUGAAGACAUGAUCAAGACUUUCUUCCACGGCAAAAACUCUCCUGAAGAAAUGCUGCAGUGUGAUGCCCCUAUUAUCAAAGAAGUCUCUCACAUGCAUCAUGUCAGCACAACAACAUUGUUAAUGCUCCAGGGCUGUGUCAUGAAAUCUCUGGAAGAAAAGUGGUUUAAAGAUUACCAAGAUCUCUUUCCACCUCAUCCUCCGGAGAAGGAAACUGAAAUACCACUAGCUUCACCCAGGAAGCCCUCAAAGACAGCAACUUACCUGCAGGAAUCCCAGAAGAGAGGCUGGCUCAAGAUGAUCAGCUUUAUCAAGAGAUUUUGUAAGUACCGCAGAUUUAUGUCUAAUCCCCAAAAGCGCCGGGAGUUUGAAGACUAUCUUCACCUGGAAGUACACAAUAACAAGGAAAAUUUCUCCACAUCACCAAACAUAUCAGGACUCCCAAUCACAAAUCCCAACAUCCAGAGCGCAGAUCACGAGAAUGGAGACAUACUCCUUAUGAAGCGCCGGAUAUUUGGCCACAGGAUUAUUACUGUCAACUUUGCCAUCAAUGAUUUAUAUUUCUUUUCUGAGAUGGAAAAAUUUAAUGGUUUGGUGAGUUCAGCUCAUGUGCUACAAGUCAACCGGGCAUACAACGAGAAUGACGUGAUCUUAAUGAAGUCCAAAAUUAACAUCAUCCUAAAGCUCUACCUGCAUUCAGAGGUCCCUCCAAGGCUGAGGGUAAACAUCUCUGAGUCCCAGAAGGAUGCCAUCCUUGCUACCAUUGCAGAGGGCCACCUAGAUCGGAGCAUCUUCCACGGGGCUAUCAUGGCUCUCUUCCCCGUCAUUAUGUACUUCUGGAAAAGGUUUUGUUCCUGGAAGGCAAUCCGCUCUUACUUCCAGUACAGGGGGCAGAAGUUCAAGGACAAAAUAGUUUCUCCUAAACCUGUGUACAAGUACCCUCCUUGGAGUGGAGGAGACCACGCCAUCUUAAGAUUCACCUUGCUCAGAGGUAUUGAGUGGUUGUGACCUCAACUCCGGGAUGCAGCAGGAAGCCCAGUCCAAAACUCUUCAUCUAGCAUCCUUAUCCAGUCAAGACAUGCUCUCUCCGCCAUGCAGUUGUGUCCAGUCCCAGGGCCAAAAUUACCCAGCACCAAAAAGGAGAAGAAGUAA